GUUUCAUUGGUCAGGUCUGUUAGCGUCAAAAGGGGGCGUGAAGUUCUCCGUUAGCUAAAGUUAGCCUGGAUAGAUGGUGGCCGUCCAGCAGAAACGAAAAGCGAUCUCGUAGAGCCUGUUUUUAUUAACUGCAGAUACGGUUUCUUUUUUUUAUGUUUAUUUGACGUCACAGCGGUAGUUUACGUUUGCUGAAAGGGAACGUAUGAGUCGAUGGCCCGGCCUCUAGCUAGUUAGCAUAACAGGCUAGGUAGCGGGAAUCGAUUAGCUAGUAGAUAUGAGUUAACUGCGGCCUCCUUCCUUUUUGACACUCAUUUUGUCCUGGUAGUUAACUCCCUGGGCGAUUUGGCUAACGCCAGCUAAUACAUUAAUGUACAAAUGUAGUUUGGAAGCGCCGCUGUGCUCCAGCAGACUUGGCGGCUCGGUGGCUAACAGUUACCGUGUAUUGUGUGGUGUGUAGCCGCGGUAUGCUAACCAGCUCUGUGCUCGGCGCAGGCCGGUUCUGUGAAGAGUUGCAUAAAUAGCUGUAAUGACUAACAUGUUGAUUGAGCUGUGACGUUAAACACACCAAACAGGCCUCGCAGAUUGCCGUGGGACCAGGGUGUUCGUGUUGGAAUAGUUUGUCUACAGCUCACUUUUCUACCAAACAUGUAACGUUAAAGUAUAGAGAGCAGCGAUGUAAAGACGCUGAGUUGAUGUGCCUUUUUGGUUUUCUUGAAUAAAUGGGACAGCCGGUGUUAGAUUGCAGAAUGAACAACUCUGUAGUCAUGGCACAAGAAAAGAUGGAGCUGGAUCUGGAAAUACCAUCUUCAUUAGUGCAAACCGAUGGACAGUUGAGGAGAUCCAACAGUGCUCCCAUGAUAAAUGGCUUAAGUGAUAACUCCCAGGUAUUCCAGCGAGAAGUUCUGCGCAGCCGGAGAAAUAGCACUACAGUUGUCAACAGACCCAACAUGGUCCCUUCCUCGCCUAUUCGAGUUCCUAGUACCAGACUUCAUCAGAUUAAACAAGAAGAGGGUUUAGACGUGAUGAACAGAGAAACUGCUCACGAGCGAGAAGUUCAAGCUGCGAUGCAGAUGAGCCAGUCCUGGGAAGAAAGCCUGAAUCUGAGUGACAAUGACUUUGAGAAGUCAGCAUCUUCAUCUCCAAAGCGCAUAGACUUUGUUCCUGUGUCUCCUGCCCCAUCUCCAACCAGAGGAAUAGGGAAAAAGCAGUGUUUCUCGCCAUCACUACAAAUCCCCGUGAGCAGCAAUGGCUUAACACCCAGUCCGAUACCAAGUCCAACGCGGCGUUUCAGCCGACGGAGUCAAAGCCCAAUCAACUGCAUCAGAGCCAGCAUACUUGGCCCAAUAAAACGCAAAGGUGAAAUGGAGUCUGAAAGUCAACCCAAGAGGCUUUUCCAGGGUACCACUACCAUGCUGUCCUCUGAUGUCUCUAAUCUAUCCGAUCUCGGUUCCUGUCCUUCUCCAGAUUUAUUGGAUGGCAGCCUGAGCAGCAUUGGAUCCUCCUCAGACUCCUUGGGCAAAAUGGAAGGCGUGUCCCCUUCCUCAGCGAGUAACUCACCCUUCACAUCGCUCCAGGAUUUGUCCCCAAAGUGAGCGUGGGAUUGUAGGAGACAUUCAGAGGACAGACUGAUGUAAAACACCAGAAGAGAACUUUCAUCUAGACACCGCCCACUUUUACCAUCCCAGAGGAUUAGCUGAAGUUUUAUUUUUUUCCUGCGUUGGUUUCUGAUUGGCCGUCUUUGGGGGUCAGUAUCUGAGAUGAUGAGAUGUGUGUAGACGUCAAACCAGGACUGACUGAAGUCUCGAUGUACAAGCUGCUACUUUGUUUACAGAGACCACAUGAAUCUGAGUUCCUUUAACUGAUGAGACGCUGAGCACUGGACAAAAUAAGGAUCGGAUGUGAACGUGACCCCGUUUUGUUGGAUUUGUAUGAAAUGGCUUAACUUAUUGUUUUUGUUGUACGUAUGUAUAUAUUAACAUGUUUAAAUGUCAGUUUCCUGUUUGAGUGGAUUUGCGGUGAAAGUGUGCAAGUCUAAAAUGGGCAAAAGUUUUCUAUGUAAAGGAACAAACUACUUUAAGGUACAACAUUGGUUUCUUACUGUAUACUGUAAGACGUCUUCAGCAAAUACUGUGUAUGUUUUAAUGCUGUCAGCUGUGGUGAGUGUUUGGUUUUGAUGGCAAUCAUCUGGGGAGUCCGGUUGCUUUUGCACCUUGGAACACUAACGGCUGCUCCGUGUCCUCUGUGUGUGUGUCAGGAUGUUGUGGAUAAGCAGAGUGCAGUCAUGAGUUUCUCAAACACCUGCUAGCAAAAAUGUUACUUAUAGAAAAGUUUAUUAUAAAAAUUGGGCGCCUGAAUUUUAUCCGUGCAAAAAGCUUGUAUUUUAUUUGUGCCAAUGGAAUAUGUUGCCAAACAAAUUUGCAUCUUCUGAGUUGAGCUGCUGUGGAUUUGAUGGAUGUUCAGUCCUUUUUUGAUUACAGCAGGUUUUCAGUUCAGGUUCUGCUGUUUUUUUUUUUUUUCUUUUCUUUUUUUUAAUAAGCUAAAUUUGUUGCAGACUGUUGUGCGAACAGUCCGGUGUAAUUAUGUUUGUAAAACAUUUGAGCCCAUUGUGUUGCUGUACAACACAAUGACUUUUCUGCCUGUUUUCAUGUAUGAUGAAGCAUCCACAGUUUAACAAUCUUGUCUGUAACAGAUUACUAUAAUCUGUCAUGAUGCACAGACUUUGCUUAUGCUUUUCUCUUGUGAUUGCUGUCACAUCAGAUGUUGGCUUUAAAUAAAUUAUUUCUAUAUUUUA